CCCGCGGUGCCCGGUAAGCGACGGGGCUCGGCGGCUGGAGGGGGCGCAGGCUUCAAACUGCCUCAUCUGCAGUCCCCAUAACACAGUGGGGCACAGACUCGGAGCUGAGGGUCUGGAUUUCCUCUGCGAAAUCGUUCCCUUGAGAAGGGACAAGGCGCAAAACUGGUCUGCAGGACUUGGGUGUUUCGUGGAAACUGGAAUUUUUACCUCAAACUGAAACGCGGGUUUCAGUAAGACGUGAUGGAGCAAAGUGAUAUGUGCCGAGUGCGGGGAAUCUGGGGCAAAACCCAAAGCAGAACGAGCAUUGCACAGAAAGAAGUGUCUUUGCCUGAUUAUGUGUUUGCCAUUAAUGCACUCUAAUGAAGCAGACUGGAGCCCCAUCCUGCGAACAACCACCUUCUCCUGCUGAACCACAUUUAAAGUCUCCAGCUGCCACACAGAAUUAGUCCCAGCAUCGUGACUUUUCCAUCAUGUCAGAACCCAUCACACUCAAUGUUGGAGGAAAACUCUAUACCACCUCUCUGUCCACCCUGACUAGCUUUCCAGACUCUAUGCUGGGCGCCAUGUUUAGCGGGAAGAUCCCAACCAAGAAGGACAGCCAAGGCAACUGCUUUAUUGACAGAGAUGGCAAAAUCUUCCGCUAUAUCCUGAACUUCUUACGAACUUCUCACUUGGACCUCCCUGAAGACUUUCAGGAAAUGAGCUUGCUUCGACGGGAGGUAGAUUUUUAUCAAAUUCAGCCACUGAUUGAGGCCUUGCAGGAGAAGGAGGUGGAGCUUUCUAAAGCGGAGAAGAAUGCCAUGCUCAACAUCACCCUUGAUCAGAAGACCCAGACUGUUCAUUUCACCGUCCGAGAAGCACCCCAGAUCUACAGCCUGUCUUCCUCCAACAUGGAAGUGUUCAGUGCUCAUAUCUUCUCCACGUCAUGUCUGUUCCUGAAGCUUCUUGGUUCCAAACUUUACUAUUGCUUCAAUGGAAACCUCUCUUCAAUAUCCAGCUACCUGCAGGACCCCAACCAUUUGACCUUAGAUUGGGUUGCCAGUGUGGAAGGCCUUCCCGAAGAGGAGUACACCAGGCAGAACUUAAAGAGACUCUGGGUGGUGCCAGAUAAUAAGCAAAUCAAUAGUUUCCAGGUGUUUGUGGAAGAAGUGCUAAAAAUAGCCAUGAGUGAUGGUUUCUGCAUAGAUUCUUCUCAUCCACAUACUUCAGAUUUCAUGAAUAAUAAGAUUAUUCGCCUAAUUCGGUACAAGUAGGAAUGGCUGUUUAUUAUGGUGCCAGCAUGGAGAUAACACAGGUUAAGUGUUUCCAUUUAAAACACACUUACAGCCUAAUUCAGAAUCAUGCUUAUCUGGAUUAAGAGUCACUAACAAGGAGAUGAUUUUCCUUUAAUGUAUUUACCAAUACAACCUUUCAGAAUAUGUUCAUAUUCUAAGCAGAAGGAAUAUUGUCUAGCACCUGAAUUAAGGAUUGGUUCUGUCUCUGCCUCCACCUCUGACCUGCUGUACAAUUGUGAGGAAAAUCACUUCUGUCCUUCCUACGUUUUCCAGUUGGAAAAUGGGAGUGAUCCUUAACCUAUAUUGCAAGGGGAUGUGAGGGUUCAGUAAUCAAGGUUUGGAAAGUAUCUGGAGAUCAGAUGCAGUGGAAGAUGCCAUGGAGCUGCAGUGCAGCAGACAGCCCUGGGGGCAUGUUUUCCAUGUCUUGCCAUAUGUCCUGUGCAGAGCAUCCAGGAAGUUUGGCUGGAUCCGCAGAGAAGCCUCCCCACAUACACACACUCAAUAUAGCUGCAAAGGGUGGUGCAAACUGCAAAUGAGUAAGGGAUCCUGUCUCUUCGGGUUCAGCAAAGGAUUUCUGUCACCACCUGAAGCUGGCUUGGGUUUUUUCCUGAACCCUGUGAGGAAGCCCUUGCUCUGUCCUGCUUUCAGGGAAGCUGUGUUUGAAUGAUGUGACUGGCACGGGGAACGACCAAGGAAGCCAUAGCAAAGAGAACGGUGUUCUUACAAACUGAGAAGAUUGUGGCUGGUGGGGGAACUUUGCUUUGGAUGCUCUUAAACCUUUACUUUUACAUUCCAAAAGCAUCCAAGACAACUAGUCCUUUUCUUUCUCUUACAAUGUUAUAUUUGUCUGGAGGAUGCUGCUGAAACUUGCUGAGGUGGAGACAGAUUUGGGGGCAGAGGCCCCCAAAUAUCUUCUAAACGUCUGAGCCUCUUCUGCCUGGACACGGCCUUCUUUUGGGCACAUCUCCCUUCAGCAGUGCCUGGAGUGCAUGGGAUGCUCUCUAGGUAGGAUGGAUUCCUUCUCAAAAGACAACAUUCCCGUCAGGUUACGCCUAGUAUUUUUUAUUACAAAAACAGAGGCUCACUUUUCCUAUCCUGGUACAUUGAGCCUGGUUUUUUUUUUUUUUACGUCAUUGUGAAAUGGUCAGGUCACUAAGCUAGCAUUUUACCCGCUUGCUUGUCUUCAGUGUCAGAUUGUCAGAGGUAAGGCAGUAGGAAACCAGAGGUGAUGACAAUGGUCAAGCUCUUUUCCUACACUCCAGGUCUGUGCUAUAAUGAAGAUCAUAAUCCACUAGCUGCAUGUUAGCACUAAACAUUUGUGCCACAUUCAAGGUGGUUCAUUCUCAGCUAAUUGCGUUUAAAAGUAUCUUCACUGUCUUUCCCUAACCACAUUGCUACGUGCCUGAGACACCUUCUGGAACAUUUCCCUUUACGUCUCAUGAGAUAGAAGGGAAAAUGCAAUAACCAAGUUUUGCAUUUAGAAUUCUAGUGCUUCCAAAAGUUCUUAGCACAGGGCUGCAAAGCUCAGUAUUGCUCAUGUUCUUGUUUCCCAAGGUAACUAGUCUGUUGUUACAUUAGGCUGACCGGUGAACAAGCAUAAAGAAGCAUUUUGUUAGUGUUGUAAAAAACAGUGAGAUAAAUAUAUUUCUACUGUCCCAAGCUGUAACUGCAUGAACAACACAAAUCAGCAUGCUGAGGGUAAAAAUGCACAUUCUGCAGCUAUUGGCAGCCUGUUACAAACAGCUGCCCCUGUCUGACUUGGUGCUAAACCAACAUGAUAUACGUGGGACCAUGUUGUUAAGAACCACUGACUGGGCUUGAAGCCCUCAGAACCAUUAAACCUGGCAAGUUUUGUGAAUUUUGAGGAUUGUAAACAGGAUUUUGUGGCCAAA